AUGAGCAAACUAGACGGUUACCACAUGAUGGUCGUUUCACAAUAUUUUCCAAAAUUUGUCAACUUUGUUACACUCUCUUUAGUCUGUAAAAAGUUUAACAAAAUUAUGGACAAUUUUCAUUACAAUCCAAUACCGUUAACUAAAAACACUUUAAAUUACUUUCCCAAUAUAGAAACUUUUCAUGUUUAUACGAAAAAUAGUGAAAUUUUUGGUAAAGAGUUUUUCGAUAAAAAAUGUGUUGUGAACAACAGUGAAGUAAUUUCAAAUACAGUUUUUUUCAAAGUGGUUAUUUGGUAUGAAGUGGACUUUAUUACAUUUGCAAACAACAAAAAUAGCAACUUUGUGUUUAAAAACAUUACUUUUACAAAAAAUGACACUUUGAAAUUCAAAGAACAACUUUCACAAAUUUUCUGUGACACUUGCAAUUCUUUUAUAACUUCACUGGCUCCAAAAUGUUUUGAAAAUAUAAGUUAUAUAUCUACACUCCACCUUCCAUUGACAAUUUCUUCUUUGGGUGCUCGUGCAUUUUCAUCAUGUAAAAAUUUGAAAUCGAUUGAAAUUCCAACAAGAGUGAAAACAAUUGGAUUUGCGUGUUUUGAAAAUUGUGAAUUUCUCACAAAAUUUUCUUUUACUCACAGAAAAUAUAUAAAAAAUUCAACAGAACAAAUUUUGGUAACUCAAUUUGAAGAUCAUUUAUUUGAAGGAUGUACUUCUCUCAAAGAAGUUGAAAUUCCUGACAAUGUGACAUCUCUUGGUAACGGAUGUUUUAAAAAUUGUGCUACAUUAACUAAAAUAAUUCUUCCAUCUACUUUAAACGAAAUUAAAACUCAAUGCUUUAGUAUGUGCACAUCACUUCAAAUUAUCAAUAUUCAAAAAUCAGUUAAUAAACUAUGGAAUAAUGCAUUCGAGAUGUGUUUGUCACUCAAAGAAAUUGAAAUUGGGUGUGAUGUCAAUGUAUUACCUUUUGUGGUUAAUUUAAAUGAAGGACUUGUACAUAUUUGUGGGUAUUGUUUCAAUGGUUGCAAUAAUUUGAAAAGAGUUGAGAUUCCAAAUAGUGUGGAAAUAAUAGAUGAAAAUGCGUUUCCAGAUCAUUGUAAAUUAAAAAUAUAUUUUCUAAUAUAUUACAACAAUUUUGUAAAUAUACAUUGUAAAAUUUUCCAUGAUAAACGUUUUCUCAAUCAAAUUGUGUUAAUUAUUCUAAGUUUUAAACUAAAAAUGGAUAAUACUUCAGAAAACAGUAUUUUAUUUUUAUUAUUAAUAUAUAUUUGGGAGUCAAUUUUGACAGCCCGAAAUAGAACAAAAUUGGAAAAAAAUAUAAUUAGCGCAGUUCCGAUUAGGACAUUUUCCCCGAUUUUGGUUUUAAAAGCUUUAAAACAAUUAAUACAGUCGAUACUUUAUCGGAUUGGACUUCUAUCGGAUUGGUAUUCUAUCGGAUUUGGUUUUAUAUCCAAUCAAAACUUGUUCCAAUCCGAUUUUAUAAAUAUAAAACCCGUAUAA